UGGGCGCCUCCGGCCUCGGGGGGCACGGGGGGCAGCGGGGCCGGGCCGGCGCAAGCGGCAGCGGCGGGGCCGGGCCGGGUGCUGGGGCCGGGCCCGAUCGGAGGGGCCGGGCCCGGACUGGGGGUGCCGGGCCCAGCCAGCACGCUCACCUUGCAGGCGAGCCGCCCCAGCCUGGCACCAUGGACGCACCGCCCAUCACGCCCGGGGAGCUGCUGUGUCUGGGCUCCAGCCUCGCCUUGUCCGGCCUCUUCUACUACCUGUACAGGAAGAAAGCCAGAGUCGUGGCACGCAUACAGGAGGCCCCAAAGCUCCAGGUUGAUGAUGAUUUACCAGCACUAGUGUCUGCAGCUGAAGGGAGGUGCCUGCCUUACGUUGCCCUGGAAGGCAUAGUGCUGCCAGCCAAGGCUGUGCUGACCAGCCAUUACCAUGAGGGGCUGCAGGGCGUGAUCCAGAAACUGCUUCUGAAAGAGCAUCGGCUGAUCUGGAACAGCUUGGCGCGGAGCUGGAGCGAGAGCGAGCGAGUGCUCUCAGAGCAGGUCUACACUGUCCCCUUCUUGCUGGCCUCACCAGACACCGGGGCGGUGACGCAAGUGAGCGUGGAGAGCCCACUCCAAGCUGUCUGCCUGCCACUGGAGACGGUGUACGAGCGGUUCCAGCAGCCGGCCCACGGCUUCCGCGACCUGCUGGGCCAGUACUUGAGUGGGGAGAAGCCCAAGGGCAUCCUGGAGACGGAGGAGAUGCUGCGGGUGGGGGCCGGGCUGACGGGUAUCGGGGAGCUGGUCCUGCACCCCGACAGCUCCCUGCACCUCCAGCCGCCGGCUCAGGGGGGCGAGUAUUUCCUGUGCCUGGGGGACUGGCAGACGGUGCUGGCGGACCUGGAGUCGGCCAGCGGGUUCUGGAAGGGGGUGGCCGCGCUGUGUGCCACGGCAGGCCUGGCCGUCCUCCUGCACGCCCUGUGCCGUGCCUACCGCCGCGCCCGCCUCAAGCAGCGGCGUGAGGACAAAGAGCCAGACAGUGAGGAGGCCGGGGAGCCUGAGGACUCCUGCGUGAUCUGCCUGAUGCGGCCCCGUGAGUGCGUCCUCUUGGGCUGUGGCCACAUCUGCUGCUGCUUCCGCUGCUUCCAAGCCUUGCCUGCCCGCCUCUGCCCCAUCUGCCGGGGGCCCAUUGACCGCGUGGUGCCCCUCUACCAGGCCUGAGAGCACCUGGGGAGGGGGCCCAGCGAGGGGCAGCAUGAACCAAGCCGAGCCCAGAGCCUGCAGAAAUCUCAGCUGUCCACUCACGUGCAGCUGAGUGAUUCCUCUUGGGAGGGAAAGUCCUAGUGUGCCUCCCUGCCUGGUUUUGGGAAAGGGGAGAGUUGUAGCCUCCUCAUCCUCCCUUUAUCUGCCAGAGGGACCCCCUCCCCAACCCCUCAAACAUGAAGGCUUGGGGGUAACAUACUCAGUGCCUGAGCCAAGGAGCCAAGUCCCUGGCCCUACGCUGGGGUGUUCCUCUGGCAAGUGACUGUUUGACCCCUGCCCCUUUCCCAGCCCUGACCCCGCCAAAAGCCACGGGACACUUUUCCCGUUUGGCUUUUCCAGCACAUGGCUUUGUCUGUGGGUACAGGACCAGGGCUGGUGGGACACAGCCACUAGGGUGCGGUGAUGGAGACCCAACCCAAGCCACGGCAGUAGCACACCUUGGUGCCACCUUUGUGUCGUCCCCAUCAUUCCACCUCCUCUCCCCCGCCCCCCCCCCCAUCUGUGUGCCUACAGCCGCUGCCCAGACAGUGCAGGGGUACCCAGGGGCUGCCAGUGAUGCAGUGUGCCCCUUUGCCAGCAGCUCUGCCACCUGGGGAGGGGAACAGUGUCCCUCCAUCCCCACCUGCAGGGUCCCUGCUCUCCUGAAGCAGGAGCACAGCCCUGGGGCACCCCAGAGCCUGCCUACGCCUCCAGCCCCCGCUGUGCCCAGCUUUCCUGCCCACCUCCCAGCUGGGACCGGGUGCGGGAGCAGCUUGCAGUGGUGUGUGGAGUAAUAAAGCCAAGGAGCA